GGCCCAGCGGCCCCCUCCCGGGGCCUCGCCGGGAGAACCGCACCCCGCCCUCCGGGUCCUGGCGGCUGCGACCCGGGAGCCCGGCCCCCUGGGCGGUGCGUCCCCUUUCCCCUGCUGCGGCGGGAAGGGGGUGUGUGGAGGGGGCGGGUCCCCGCGGCGGCCUCGCCCCCACUCCCCCGCCCCGCCCCCGCCCCGCGGCCCGGUGGGGAGCGCGUGUCUGGGUCACAUGAGCCGCCCGCCCGCCAGCCCGGGCCCGGCCCCCCGCCGCCCCCACCGUCCCCGCUGUCCCCGCCGCCGCCGCCGCCCGCCGCCACCGGCCGCCCGCCCGCCCGGCUCCUCCGGCCGCCGCCGCGGCGCUGCGCUGCGCUGCCUGCGCUCAGGGCUCGGGAGGGGGCCGCGGAGGAGCGGUCCCCCGCGCCCGGCCCCCGCCCGGCGCGCCCGGGCCCGCGCCAUGGGGCUCUGGCUGCCGCCGCCCCCCGCGCCACCGGGCUAGGGCGAUGCGGGCGCCCCCGGCGCGCGGCCCCCGCGGGCACCAUGAGCCCUCUGCUCCGCCGCCUGCUGCUCGCUGCGCUCCUGCAACUGGCCCCCGCCCAGGGCCCUGUGUCCCAGCCUGAUGCCCUCAGCCACCAGAAGAAAGUGGUGUCCUGGAUAGAUGUGUAUACCCGUGCCACCUGCCAGCCACGGGAGGUGGUGGUGCCCCUGACCGUGGAGCUCAUGGGCACCGUGGCCAAGCAACUGGUGCCCAGCUGUGUGACCGUGCAGCGCUGCGGCGGCUGCUGCCCUGACGACGGCCUGGAGUGCGUGCCCACUGGGCAGCACCAAGUCCGAAUGCAGAUCCUCAUGAUCCGUUACCCGAGCAGUCAGCUGGGUGAGAUGUCCCUGGAAGAACACAGCCAGUGUGAAUGCAGACCAAAAAAGAGAGAGAGUGCUCUGAAGCCAGACAGGGCUUCCACUCCCCACCACCGCCCCCAGCCCCGCUCCAUUCCGGGCUGGGACUCUGCCCCCGGAGCACCCUCCCCAGCUGACAUCACCCAUCCCACUCCAGCCCCAGGCCCCACUGCCCACGCUGCACCCAGCGCCGCCAGCGCCCUGACCCCAGGACCUGCCGCUGUCGCUGCCGACGCCGCAGCUUCCUCCGUUGCCAAGGGCGGGGCCUAGAGCUCAACCCAGACACCUGCAGGUGCCGAAAGCUGCGAAGGUGACACGUUGCUUUUCAGACUCAGCCACUUGCCCUCACCAGCCACCCCCCUCCCAGAGGGGGACAAGAGGGCAGUAUGUUGAGAAGAGCCCAGUCGCAAGAUCUCUAUGUGGGCAGAAGCUGCUCCAGGCCCUGGGCCUCUCAGAGGACUUCCCAGCUGUCCCAGGUCUCUCCAAGGCUGCCAUCCAACAGGGUGGACAGCUGGGCAAGGAGAGGUGCAGGCAGCACCAGGGGUUCCGGACUAACUCAAGAGAGAAGGGGUCCCGUCUCAGUGUGCGACCACCAUGUACGAGUGAGCAUCUUAACAGCUGGCUCCGUCCCCUCCCUAAGAAGACACCGAUCCUCCGCACAUACUGGGAAUUGGGCUUCGGUGUGAGAACUGUGACCCCCAAGCCUGAUAAAAGAGAUGGAAGGAGCUA